AUAAAUACUCGUUCCUUUUUUCUUAAUUCCCACCAUCUCAUAAUAAUUUCCCUCUUCACUUACUACUCUUCACGUGAGUAUUAUUCAGAGAGUUGUCUGAGUAAUAAAAUUCAUGUCUCCGGCAAUGGUAAUGACGUCGUCAGGGCAAACCGGGAAAGAUGGUACCUAUGAUUCCCUGGAAAUUAGCCAGUACCAGAAAGGAGUGAAGCAUAUGUACGAGAAUGGGAUUGCGCAUGUUCCUAAGAAGUACAUACUGCCCGACGCAGAACGUCCCAAUGUAAUCACUGAAAAAUCCAGCGCCAACCCUCCUGAUCAGCUCAGUAUGAAGCUGCCCGUCAUUGAUUUUGCUGAAUUGCAAGGUCCAAACCGCUCGCAAGUCCUCAAAUCUCUUGCCUACGCCUGCGAGAACUAUGGAUUUUUCCAGCUAGUAAAUCACGGAAUCAAGGACGAGAUUAUAAACAACAUGGUGAACGUGAGCAGAAGGUUUUUCGAGAUGCCACUAUCAGAAAGAGAGAAAUACAUGUCAGCGGACAUGAGCGCUCCGGUACGAUACGGAACCAGCUUCAAUCAGAAAAACGACGGGGUGUUUUGCUGGAGGGACUUUCUGAAGCUGGUUUGUCACCCUCUGCCCGAUGUCCUUUCCCAUUGGCCAUCUUCUCCACAAGACUUUAGGGAAAUGGCGGUUACCUACGCAGAAGAGACAAGAUUCUUGUUCCUAAUGCUGGUGGAGGCCAUGCUAGAAAGCCUGGGCCUAAAAAACAGGGAGAAGAAGACAGAAUCAAUACUAAACGAUGUCGAUGCUGAUGAGGAUGCAAUAUUUAAAGAAUUGGAAGAUGGAAGCCAGCUAAUGGUCGUGAAUUGCUACCCUCCAUGCCCUCAACCCGAUUUGACACUGGGUAUGCCACCUCAUUCCGACUAUGGUUUCCUCACACUUCUCCUUCAAGAUGACGUCAAGGGUUUGCAAAUACAUCAGGAUAAUUGGGUCACUGUCCAACCCAUACCCGGAUCCUUCGUCGUCAAUGUUGGAGACCACCUCGAGAUAUUCAGCAACGGGAGAUACAAGAGUGUGUUGCAUAGAGUUGUUGUAAAUUCAGUAAAGUGUCGGAUUUCGGUGGCUUCUUUGCAUAGCUUCCCAUUCACAAGCACGGUGAGGCCAUCGGCAAAGCUCAUAAGUGAGACGAAUCCCAGGCGGUAUAAAGACACGGAUUUUGCUAGUUUUCUCGAGUACAUCAAAUCCUGUGACUCCAAGAAAAAGAAUUUCCUUGAGUCCAGGAAACUGAGCUAAUUAUUAAUUAAAAAUGGAGUGACUUUUUGUAUUUUGACUUUUGUAGUAUACAUUUAUAUAUAGAAAGUAAUUAUUGUUUGGUUGGUGUAUUAAGUGCAUCAGUCGACACUAUGCAAUAAUUAGAUAAUAUUGUUAUAACAAUUAUGUAAUUGUUGUGAGAAUUGUAUAUGGGGGGGGUGCUAUAUAUAGCGAGUAGCUUCCUCUAUCCAUCAACUUUGUUGUUCAUGUUUUCAAAUCAUCUUAAUACUUAGACAAGUUUCCAUGGA